AGGCAGUAUCCAGCUUCUUCUAAGGCACCUCCAGAGGCAGCUAGACCCAACCGGGCUAAAAGACCUUUGGGAAGAGGCUAAUACCCUUAUAAGAGAGGCUAUUAUAGCCCUAGUGGCUAGAAGCCCUAGUGAGAGCCCUAAAGAGCCUAAUUCAAGCCUUAUAGCCCUUCCAGUCAGAGAGGGAGGCCUAGGAAUACCCUUACACAAGGACCUAGCCCACGAGCUAUUCCUAGCAGCUAGGGAGGCCUCGCAGCCUACCCUAGGCCUCAUCCGGAAGCCCCUAGCCCAGCCUACCCUAGACCAAAGCCAGCCUAACCAAGGCCAGCCUAGACUAGGGAAAACAGCCCAACAGGUGCUAAAGGAAGCUAAUAAGGCUAGGCUAGCAGGCUUCUUAGAGGACCUCCCCGCUAGCUAUAGGCAUGCUAGGCUAGAAAAUGCUAGCUAUCUCGGCCCUAUUUCAAAGGAUUCUGCUAAAGAAGACCCUUAUAGCACCUUAAGAGAGGCUGCCGAAGAAAAACGCAGAAAAUAUAGGUCUCUCGGGGCCUUUUUUCAGCCUCUUAUUAUCUCAGCAGGCGGCCUUAUGGACCUAGAGACAGCUAAGACCUAUCAGAAGCUCCAGGACCUUAUUGGCCCCCUUGCGGCUAACCAGCUAGAUUCCUCUAUUAGCCUUGCCCUGAUGAGGACUAGGGCGACCUCUGCGGCUUCUAUAGCCCGAGAUACCCCUAGUAACCUAGCUAGGUCGAUCUGGAAUACCCCUAGGGCUUCUUAA